AUGCUCAAAGACCUGACUUAUCUCGACCACGGCGGUACGACUCUCGCGCCGAAGUCUUUACUCAAGUCUUUCUGCGAUGAGAUGCAACGCACCCUUCUCGCCAAUCCGCACUCUGAUUCAACCAACCCGAGUGUGACCGCCAUAAUGGUAGAGGAAACGCGGCUUGCGGUUUUGAAGAUGUUCAAUGCCGACCCAACGUACUUCGAUGUUGUCUUUACUGCCAAUGCGACUGCGGCAAUCAAGCUAGUGACCGAAGGCUUCUCGGGUCAAGACGAGGGAUUCGAUUACUGCUAUCAUCGUAAUAGUCAUACAAGUCUGGUUGGUGUUCGGGAACUGGCGCAUAGUAGCCACUGCUUCGCUUCCAACGAGGAGACAGAAGACUGGCUUGCCGGUGGGAACCACGCCCUUGAUGGAGAGCUUCUGUCAAGAAGGCCGAUGUUGUUUGCGUAUCCGGCGCAGUCGAACAUGAACGGCGAGCGGCUUCCACUAGAUUGGGCCACAAAAUUACGCCUGUCGUUACACCAUCCGCACUCUUACACUCUCCUCGACGUAGCCGCAAUGGUAUCUACGACCACAAUCGACUUAAGCAAUCACCUCUUCGCCCCAGACUUCAUCACCCUCUCCUUCUACAAGAUCUUUGGGUUUCCAGACCUCGGUGCUUUGAUUGUUCGGAAGGCGGCUGGCCAUGUGUUCGACAAGCGGAAAUAUUUCGGAGGCGGUACGACAGAGAUGACGACAUGCAUUGAAGAGUCAUGGGUAGUUCGCAAGGAAUCAAGCCUACAUGCACGGUUAGAGGACGGAACAAUCGCAUUCCGGAAUAUACUUGCUUUGAAACAUGCCAUUACAACCCAUCGCAAGUUGUUUGGUGGACUUGAGGAAGUCUCGAAGCAUGCCAGUUGGCUUGCUAAGAUCCUGCACGAGCGCUUGGCGAGAAUGGCUCAUUACAAUGGCGCGCCAGUAUGCCAAAUAUACCAGUCGAAAGACUCCAGUUUCCGCCGCUCGCGAACACAAGGACCUACCGUAGCUUUCAAUGUAUGCAGAAGCAAUGGGACAUAUAUUGGCCCGUGGCAUGUCGGCGCUUCCUUGAGAGCGAGUAGGAUCCAUCGGAGUGGCUGCGAGGAGCGUUUGAUGCAGGCUAUCGAUGCAAUACCGACGCUGACAUCCUAG